AAUGCCUAUAUAUAUUCUCCUUUGUAGCUAAUUUUUUGUAGAGUGGCAAGAGACAAAUUCUCUAUAACUGUAUCUGCCUAAAUCAUCAAUAAACACAUCUAGCCGCCGUGGAAGUUUACUCACGGGGUGUUACCACGUUAUUUCACGUGUUUCACUUUCUCUCUACUUUUACUCUCUCAUUUUUUUCUUCACCUUAUUCAUCGAAAUUCUGUGAGUGUUCUUGAUUCGAUCCUAACAACUGGUAUUAGAGCUCAGGAGAAUCAACACGAUCACUGAAGAUGGAGAGUUCGAAGGUUGGAAUCGAGAAGUUUGAUGGAUCCGAUUUCGGUUUCUGGAAGAUGCAGAUCGAAGACUAUCUCUACCAGAAAGAUCUUCGCAAACCCUUGACUGAGGUGAAGCCGGAUUCCAUGACAGAGGAGCAGUGGAAGAUCAAGGAUCGCCAGGCGUUAGGGAUGAUCCGGUUGACUUUGACGAAGAACGUGGCAUUCAAUAUAGUGAAAGAGAACACUACGGCGGGUCUAAUGAAGGCACUAUCAAAUUUGUAUGAAAAACCAUCUGCGAUGAACAAGGUAUAUUUGAUGCGUAGAUUGUUCAAUUUACAGAUGCCUGAAAGUGGAUCAGUGGCUAAUCAUAUAAAUGAUUUUAAUAUGAUUGUGAGUCAACUGUGUUAUGUGGAAAUCAAUUUUGAGGAUGAAAUUAAGGUGUUGAUUUUGCUGUCAUCUAUGCCCGAGUCUUGGGAUAUUGUUGUUGCGGCAAUUAGUAGUUCUCGUGGGUCUGAGAAGCUAAGGUUCGAUGAAAUCCGUGAUGUUGUUCUUAGCGAAAGUAUUCGCAAGAGAGAAAUGGUUGAUUCAUCGGGCAGUGCUCUCAGCGUUGACCGAAGGGGUAGAUGCAAGUUCAAGGGCCAACAUCAACAUGGCCGAUCAAAAUCAAAGAAUCGAGGCAAGUCCCCGAAUAGAUUCAUUAUAACUCUUAGUAUUUUAUUGCAAACAUCAUCUUUGGAAAAUCGUCUCCAUUCAAUGUUUAGACUUGGGUUUUAUUGUAAAAGGCUAAGAGUUUAGAAUGUGUGGUUGUUUUGCAUGAUGAGUAGUUAUCACGAACAAACACAUUUCUAAUUCCAUAAACACUGCCUUCAACG